AUGCUCACCCGCUUAGCAAUCCGCACGCCUCUGCGUUUCCUAACAUCGAGUCUGUAUCUCUACAGCAUCCGCGCACCAAUUUCCCAACGCACCAUAUCCACCUCGUCCGCAUUUAAACUCGACCCUUCCCUCUUCAACCACACGCUCUACGAUCGCGUAAUAUCGACAUGGUUCCCCGGCGUCGACACGAGCGGGCAGGAGCUCGACAUGAGCGUGGUGAAGCGCUGGUUCAUGGCGACCCCCGCUGAACGAGUCGCAUUGGACACACAAUGUCGCGAGGCCUUUUCCCCUGCACUGGAAGCCAUUGGCCCCGACAAAUACCCCGAUGCGACCGCGCGCCCAUUUCUCGACGAAUUGCACCGCAUUGCUGAGCGAACCGGGGAUGUGAAUAGCGAGGAAGCCGCAUGGACGGCGCUCAGUAUGACGCUCCUGCUCGACCAGAUACCGCGCAACAUAUACCGUACGAAUUCUGGGCUGCAGCUUGUGUACAACCACUACGAUCGCAUAGCGAUGCAUCUUGUCCGCACCCUUCUAUCCUCCGAGUCGCCUAUCUCGCGACCGGAUUUACAUCCUGUCUUCCGCCUUUCGUCGCCGCAUAGGAUGUGGUUCUAUAUGCCGCUUAUCCACUCUGAAGACGUGGCCGAUCACGAUGUCGUAAACGGCAUUGUAUAUGAGCUGGAGAAGGAGGUAGCAAGUUUAGAGGGAUACAAAGGCACGAAGAUGUUUAUUGAGGGGUCCAAUAAGUCGGCUAGGGAACACAGAGACAUACUGGAUAGGUUUGGUAGGUAUCCGCAUCGGAAUGGGGCGUUGGAAAGGGACAGUACGGAGGAAGAGAAGCGGUUCCUGGAAGAGGGAGGAGCUACGUUUGGGGUGGCGCAGGAAAAGAAGGAAGCUGCGUUGUAGAGUAUUAGUUGAGUGUGAACACGGUCUUAGGCAUGUAGAGUAUCUUUGCAUUAGUGAAACAUCCUCGAGU